CGUUGCUGACGUAUUCAUUUUUCAUAGUUAGCCUAAUUUUUAAUGUACACAGUGCCUAAAAAUUGAUUAAGAAAUAGAACACUUAUUUUACGAAAGACUUUAUUCCAAUGAUUUAAUAAAUCCAUUUCUUCAGGAAAAUCAUUAAAUAAAUAUGGGGGAUUCCAAUAAAAAAUCAAGCCCUAAGGUCAAAGAACCUGUGAACCAAACAAGUCCAAACAACGCUGUAAAAAUUUUGAAUGAGCGCGCCUCUAAACGUUCGAAACCCGCCAAUCCGGACUCUAGUCCACCGUUAAAGCAUGUAAAACUUUCUAUUGGAAAAAGCAAAACUACUGUUGAAAAUAAUGAUGACAUGGAUCACUAUGUAUUGAAAACCAUAAAAGACGAGGCCAGUUUGGAGGGUGGGGAGACAAUAGCUAUUGUAUUGAAUGAGGAGCCAAAAGGUGUUACGAGCGCUGCUGGAGAAGUAGCUGAGGAGCUCCAAAUUAGCGAAGAGGAAGCCGAUGACACUGAUGGGAAAACUGAUGUGAUGGAACAUGUUUGCGGCAAGUGCUACAAAACUUUUAGACGAUUCAACGGUCUCAAAAAUCAUAUGGAAUUUUGCCGUUACGACAGUGGUUAUCAUUUGCGGAAAAAUGAAAUGUUAAAAAAUCUCGAUAAAAUCGAGAAAGAUGCUGUUACUAUGGAGAAGAAAGAUGUGUGCUUUUGUUGUGGCGAAAGCUAUGACACAUUCCAUUUGGGACACAUUAAUUGCCCUGAUUGUCCCAAGUCUUUCAAAUCGCAAAUGAGCUAUGAACGCCACAUAUUCAUUACACACUCCGAAUUCGACACCUACCCAUGUUCAAUUUGUAAUGCAAAACUGCGCAGCGAUAAUUUAUUAAAACUCCAUGAAGAGCAGCAUAAAAAUCGAGGAAAACCCUUUGCAUGUAAAAUAUGUGGAAAAGACUUUACUCGUGCGUACCAUCUUAAACGCCAUCAGAAGUAUUCAUCUUGUUCAGCCGCAGGAAAUGACUCCAUGAAGUGUAAAGUCUGUGAUAAGGCUUUCUUUCGGUUGGACAAUCUUCGUGCCCACCUAAGGCAGCAUUUGGGUACACACGUUACCAAAAAGCCUGAAUAUAGAUGCCCACAGUGUAAAAAUUGUUUUUACAGUUUAUCUACUUUAAACAUUCAUACUCGAACGCAUACCGGAGAGCGGCCUUUCGAUUGUGAUUUAUGUGAGAAGAAAUUUCCAACUUUAAUUGCUCUGAAAAAACAUCGCCGCUACCAUACUGGUGAAAAACCAUACACAUGCUCUGUGUGUAAUCAAUCGUUUGCUGUUAAGGAGGUGUUAAAUCGCCACAUGAAGCGGCACACGGGUGAAAGACCACAUACCUGUCCGGACUGUAAUAAAAGCUUUAUCCAGGCAUCACAAUUGCGUAGUCAUGCACGAACCCAUAUUUUACCGUUCGAAUGCGCAGAGUGCGAUCAAAAAUUCAAAACACAAAAACACCUCGACAAGCACAAAAAGACUCACAUCAAGAAAUGUUACGAGUGCAAUAGUACUUUUGUCGAUCAGUCUCAACUGGAGGAUCAUAUGGCAAACUUCGUGCAUAAAAAAUCAACAAAAACAGCUAAAAAAGCAGUUACACGUAAAUCUACGAGACGCACUCGUACGUAUUGCAAUGUCUGCGAUCAAGACUUCAGUACCGUGAAAAAUUUGCAAUUUCACAUACUCAAAGUGCAUGAGAUGGAUCCCGAAGAUUUCGUUAAUGAAAAACCCAAAGAAAACGAAACAAUUAAAACCAGUGAAAACGUUUACAAAAUCGAAGGAGCAGCAUCAAAUGAAAUACAGAUUCUUAGCGAAACAGAGGGUAACGCCGUCAUUAUGGCCGCUGGCAGUAUGAACAGCAAGCAGAUUUACAACAACAACAAAGGCAGUAAAGGUGGUUUGGUGGUGAAAGAGUUCAUCGUCAAUGAUGUACCUGCUGCUGAAGAAGCAGCAAUGGUCCUCCACGACGAAGCUUACACCGUCAUACCACUAGACGGAGAUGGUCCCAUAGAAACAGUGACUGCUGUCACUAUGAGUCCUAUUAACAUAUCGGCAGAAGUUAAAAAGGAACGACGCAAAUCUUUAGCUGAAUCACUGGCCGUGGCAAUUGGUACAGACAAUGCUACAUUGAGAGAGCCAAUACAACUGAAUGAAGAAGAUAUGAAACUGAAGGAGAAUGUCGGAAAAUUACUGGAUAUGUUGGUCGAUAAUAAAACUUUGAAGAAAUUUGGUUGGCCAACCAACAGCGAAGAAAAUGUUUUAUGCCGUGUCAUUGAAAAUUGCGGUUAUAACUUAACAAAAGAUGCAGAAACAUAUCGAGAUUGUGAUUACGCGACGAGAAUGCGUGAAUAUGUGAAACUGUUAUUUACCGUAGUGAUUCAUAAUAACUCCAUAAAGGAGUUAUUAAAUAAUUAUCCCAUCGAUGAAGUAGUUGAGUACGUGCUGGGUAACGAUGACGACGAGGACGAUGAUGGUGAUAACGAUAAAGAUGAUGACAAUAGUAAUAUGAAAAAUUAGCAGAAAAUUUAUAGGUACCGAGAUCGUUGCCUUUGUUUAUAUUGAAUAUAGAAUUACACAAACAAAACUUAUGGUAGUGAAGUUGCCUUCUGACGUCUAACAUUUUUAAUAUACAUAUAUACUAUAUAAUGUUAUGUACAAAUUUACGUACACGUUUACAAACUUCUUUACUCUAUGAAUAGAUUUAUACCAGCAUCAUAUAGUGUGUACUAUGAAUGAAUUUGUUUUCGUUGAAAUGAAGUUUGGUUAGUUGUGGACACUCGGUUUCGCCGAAAUGAAUUACAUUUAAUUUUUGUAAAAUAUUUUUCCAAGCAAUAAAUAAUAAUUGAAUUGAAGUUAUGAAAUAACAAAA